AUGUCUUCGUACGACUUCACCGACCGCGCGCAGGCCUCGGUCUCGGCUGCCGUCCAGCUGGCCAAGGACCACUCGCAUGCCCAGGUGGCGCCGGCUCACCUUGCGUUGGCGCUCCUCACCGACGACACGAGCAACUCGCAGGGCGUCCAGUCGACCAACGAGGCAUCGCAGUCGCUCUUCAAGAGCAUCUGCUCCAAGGCGGGCGUCGACGCCAAGCUCCUCGAGGACAAGCUGCGCGCCACGCUACGCAAGCUGCCCCAGCAGUCGCCGCCCCCGGACAAUAUGACGCUCUCGUCGGCCGCCGCCAAGGUGCUCAAGGAGGCAGAGAACCAGAAAAACACGCAGCGCGACGCCUACAUCGCCCAAGACCACAUCCUCCUCGCCCUCAUCGACGACGCCGGCAUCAAGCAGGCGCUCAAGGACGCUGGUCUCUCCAACGAACAGCUCAUCAAGACGGCCAUCACCCAGUCCCGCGGCGGCCGCCACAUCGACAGCAAGAGCGCCGAGGCGGGCUACGACGCCCUCGGCAAGUACUGCACCGACCUCACCGCUCUCGCCUCUGAGGGCUCCCUCGACCCCGUCAUUGGCCGCGACAACGAGAUCCGCCGCGCCGUCCGCGUCCUCUCGCGCCGCACCAAGAACAACGCCGUCCUGAUCGGCAGCCCGGGCGUGGGCAAGACGGCCAUCGUCGAGGGCCUCGCCCAGCGCGUCGUCGACCGCGACGUGCCGCCCAACCUGCUCGGCAAGAUCCUCAGCCUCGACAUGGGCGCCCUCAUGGCCGGCGCAAAGUACAAGGGAGAGUACGAGGAGCGCGUCAAGUCGGUCCUCUCGGACAUCGAAAAGAUGACGGCCGACGGCACGCCAUGCAUCCUGUUUAUCGACGAGAUGCACCUCCUCAUGGCGGGCCAGGGCAGCGACUCGGGCAUGGAUGCCGCCAACCUGCUCAAGCCGAUGCUGGCGCGCGGCAAGCUGCGCGUCAUUGGCUGCACCACGGCCAACGAGUACCGCAAGUACAUUGAAAAGGACGCCGCCCUCGAGCGCCGCUUCCAGAGCAUCCUCGUCGUCGAGCCCAGCGUCGAGGACUGCAUCGCCAUCCUGCGCGGCAUCCGCGACAAGUACGAGGUUCACCACGGCGUUCGCAUCCUCGACUCGGCCAUUGUCUCGGCGGCGCAGCUGGCCAAGCGCUAUCUGACCGACCGCCGGCUGCCCGACUCGGCCAUCGACCUGGUCGACGAGGCCUGCGCCGACGUCCGCGUCAGCCGCGAGACGGUGCCCGAGGAGGUCGACAAGCUCGAGCGCAAGCGCCUCCAGCUCGAGAUUGCCGUCCACGCACUCAGCCGCGAAAAGGACGCCGCCAGCAAGCAGUCGCUCGAGGACACCAAGAAGCAGAUCCAGGCCAUCGACGACGAGCUGGCGCCCAUCAAGGCGGCGUACGAGGCGCAGCGCGCAAAGGGCGACGAGAUCAACUCGGUCCGCCGCAAGAUUGAAGACAUCCGUGCCAAGAUUGCCGAGGCCGAGCGCCGCUACGACCUGGCUAUGGCGAGCGACCUCAAGUUCUACGCGCUGCCCGACCUGGAAAACAAGCUGCAGGCGCUGCAGGCGGCCGAGCGCAAGCGCGAAGAGGAGGGCAAGGACUCGGACAGCAACGCCGUCACGGCCGACUCGAUCGCCAACAUUGUCUCGCGCUGGACGGGCAUCCCCGUGUCGCGGAUGCUCGAGUCGGAGCGCACCAAGCUGCUGCGCCUCGAAAAGACGCUGGCCAAGGAGGUCAUCGGCCAGCAAGAGGCCGUCAAGAGCGUCGCCCAGGCCAUCCGCCUGUCGCGCUCCGGCCUGGCCGACGCCAACCGGCCGAUUGCGUCGUUCAUGUUUGCCGGGUCGAGCGGCUCGGGCAAGACGCUCCUCAGCCGCACGCUGGCCAAGUGCAUGUUCGACAGCGCCGACGCCAUGAUCCGCAUCGACUGCAGCGAGUACUCGGAGAAGCACAGCAUCGCCCGGCUGAUUGGCGCGCCGCCCGGCUACGUCGGCCACGAAGAGGGCGGCGUGCUGACCGAGGCGGUCCGUCGCAAGCCCUUCAGCAUCGUCCUCCUCGACGAGAUUGAAAAGGCCAGCCGCGAGUUUAUCCAGCUCUUCCUCGGCGUGCUCGACGAGGGCCGGCUGCAGGACAGCCAGGGUCGCCAGGUGUCGUUCCGCAACACGAUCAUCAUUAUGACGUCGAACCUGGGCUCGGCGUACAUCAACGAGGCGCAGGAGGACGAGAUGUCGGAGGCGACGCGCCAGCUGGUGCUCAACACGAUCAAGACGUCGCUGCCCAUCGAGUUUGUCAACCGCCUCGACUCGAUUGUCGUCUUCCAGCGCCUGAGCCGCAAGGACGUGCGCUCGAUUGUCGACGUGCGCAUCGCCGAGAUUGAGCAGCGGAUCCGCAACAACGGCGGCAAGGUGCGGCUGCAGCUCGACGACGGCGCGCGCGACUUCCUCGUCUCGACGGGCUUCUCACCCUCGAUGGGCGCGCGGCCGCUCAACCGCUCGAUCCAGAACGAGCUGCUGUCGCCGCUCUCGGUCCUCAUCCUCAGCGGACGCGUCAACAUCAAGGACGACGACGCGGUGCGCAUCACGUUUGACCCGCACAGGAACGGCCUCGUCGUCCACCCCAACCACGACGCGCCGCUGCGCGCCGACGGCGCCGACAUGGACCAGGACGACGAUGACGACGACAUGGUCGACGACGACGACGACUACCAGGGAGCCAGGAUCGAGGCCGAGCCCCUCGACUAG